AUGUUGUAUGACAGACAUCAAAAUUCUUUACAAAGAUUAAUCCGCCAUUAUCAACAUGGCUUUCCAAUGAAAGAUUUAGUAUUAGUUUAUAAAUUACUGAAUAUCUGUGCUGAUCGUGUUGAACUACAUCCUAUGUAUGAAGAACCACUAAUAGAAAUAAUUAAAAUCUGUAGUUUACCUUAUUUAAAAGAGAAAACCUCAGAUGAAAUAGUAUAUCAACAGAUUGUUAUAGAAUCUAUUUCUCAACUUGGUUAUUUAAUGAGGGUACCCAGUAAUGAAGUAAGAAAACAGAUUUGUUCAACAUUAAUAACAUUUCAUACAGCAGAACAAAAAAUACAAAAAGUCCAAAAAUUUAAAUCUACCAGUAAAGAAUAUAAUCGUAAAGUGAUAGAAAAUAGUGACGUGUCUGAAACUUUAAUCAAGUCUCUGGCGUUGAUGGAAAAUGAUUAUGAAGUAAGAUUAUUAGUUUUAGAUGUUUUACAAACAUUCUCCAAAGAUUCAGAGAAGAAUUGUAAUCAGAUAUUAUUAGCAGAAGGUGCUAUGAGAAUAUGUUCAAGAUUAAUGGAUGCUGAUCCUACUGGACACCUAUUAUUCCAAUCAGUAGAAAUCUUGUGGAAUUUAUUAGAAAAUGGAGAUGUAGCUAAUUUGGCUGCUCAGUUGAAUAAUGUACAAUGUAUAAGUCAAUUGCGAGAUGGGUUUGUUUAUCAACUAACUAUGGGAUAUAGUCAUUAUGAUAGACAGUUAAGAAAUGAUUUAUUAACCAUAGCAACUCUUGUUGUUACCAAAUGUCCAGAGUCACCCUUUGUAGAAUGUGGUUUUGCCAGACAGCUGGUUUUAUUUGGUACAUUUCAAGAAGUAAAAAGUCACAAUAUUUUAGUCAAACAUCUAAAGUUAAUGACCAACCAGGAAGAUUUUGAAUUAAAGAAAUUAUUAAUGAAUGUAUUAGUUAAGAUGUCAGCUGAUAGUACUAUGAUACCCAUAAUGUCUGAUGGUCAUCUAUUAUUGGCAUUAUUUUCUUUUGUUCGUGGAAAUGAGAAAUCUAGUGGACCUAGAGAAUGGACACCAGCUCAGUUUGAAGAGUUACAAUUACACGCUAUGAGUAGUCUAAUAACACUAUGUCCAGUUAUGAUAGAAGACUAUAUGUUAUGUCAGGGCAAUACCAGAUUGUUACUAUUAUUAGAAUGGUGUAUACAAUCAGAUGAUUUUAGUGGACAAGGUAAUAGUUUCCAUGGUACUGGUGGACGAGGCAAUAAGAAAUCUCAGAUGUGUCAAUGUUUAAGGAUAAUGCGCAGUGUUGUGUCAACAGAAGAUGAGUUGGUUCUACAAGAUUUAUCAGAUCAGGGGGCUAUUAAUCAACUUAUUGGAAUAUUGAAGAAAGUGUUUGCUGUACCUAUAGCCAAGUAUACAGCUAUAGAUAUAGAGAUGCAGACAGAUAUAUUAAUUAUUUUAUCAUCAUUGUGUGAUGGAGAUAUACAUAGAAAGGAAUUGUUUGGAAGGAAUGGAGUAGAUGUAGUGAUGAAUUAUUUACAAACUGAUGCCAAAUUAUUAAACAGUGGUCUAGGUCAUCAUAAAUUAUUUUUAGCUGCUGUUGAUACAGCUUGGUGUGCUAUUGUGGGGUGUACUUUAACAGAUGAUUAUUUCUUAGAAAGAAGUGGAGUAUUUCAUCUUAUUGAUCUAUUAGAGCUGGUACCAAAGACAAUGUAUAAUGUUAUUAUUGGCUGUUUGUUGGACUUGUGUGAAAAUCCGAAAACAAUGAACCAUAUUCUAACAUGGCGUGGUAGAAAUAAUAUCACGGCACCACAUCUAUUCUGUGAUAUCUGGAGACAUGAAGAUUUAUCUAUUGGAGCUUGUCGUGAUGUAAAUGGAGCUAUUACAGACACAAAGAAGCCAAUGAUGGGUUCAAGACAAAUGGAAUCUGGAGUUGUCCCCCUUAAAGCCAAUUGUCCCAGUCCUGCCAUAGUUGAGGUGUUUGAAAAUUUACGAGCAAAAAUCUUCUCAAUAUUUGGUAAACUGGGCUUCAUGGAUCUUCCUGGCCUGACUGUUGAAGAUCAUGUGACUCUCACCAUCAUUGAGAAAUAUCUGGAUUUUAAAAUGGGAGAGGUUUGGUCAGAAAUUAUCUGUGAACUGGAAGUUGAUAAAAUAAAACCUGUUACACCUGAUGAGGAAGCUUUAGAAACCAUACUUAAAGUUGUGGAUGAAAGAACAAAUAUUGUAGCUGCUACUCAGAGUGAAUUAUUGGAGGCUCAACAGAAUCAAGAUGCUAUUGAAGAACAAGAGUUUUAUGCUGAGAUUCGUGAAAAUCACCGGCAACAUGAGAAUAAAGUGAGGAAAUUUACAGAGUAUGUUUCUAGAACAUCAAAUUACGAUAUUUUAAAGGUUUGUGCUAUUUUGUAA